AUGAAGACGAGAGGCAAAACCGCCGCGAUGGCUAAAUCCGCGACGGCCCAAAGCCACUCCGCCCACGAUCCCGCGAUCGACAUGGUGGCCCCACCACCUCUCACCACCGCACCGGCCACCGCCGCCGAACAUGGUGGAACCUCCUAUCAAGGUGGGCUUGUUACCACCGCUGACUUAGGCCCGAUCUUGGAGCAACUUCAAGCGAUCCCUUCAUUGCCUCCACGCUCGACACACGCUCCCGCGCACACCUCCAAUGAAACCCUAGCCCGUGUGCAAUUGGGCUCCACACACUUCUCUCCUCCUGAUCCACGAAGUCAAGCAGACCUUAGUCUGAGAGUUGACCAGCUAGCUCAGAGAAUGGACGACCAAAGCGAUCUGAUGAGGCAACUCCUCCACCAAAUCAGCUUGGCUCAAAACCUUGGCCUUGGACAACUAGGCGAAGAGAGAAGGAUGGACGAACGCACCGGCAGGCAACUCAACGGGUACCCAGCAGGUCAAGCAGGAGUAGGCAGACAAGGCGAGGGACAACAACUUGAUCGGCCUACCGACAUGUCACAAGCAUCCGCGAGCCCCACUCGGAGCAGAUUAAGUUCGAGGAACAACAUGCGCGAGAGGCUAGGCCCACGACUUGACGUCCACGCCCGCUUGGGACCGCAGGGAAAUGUACUUCAAAGGCUAGGCCCCCAGGGAGGACAAUCAGACAACCAUCGCAACGAGGAUCGUGAAGAAAGACGCUCAGCUGUCCACUCGCAGACGAACAUUCACGAGAGGCUACGUCCCCAGGGUGGUCAACCGGAUAAUCCUCACAAUGAGGACCGCGAAGAAGGACGCUCCGCUGCUCACUCACGAAGAGACGGCUCUCGUCGACAAGCUACGGAGAAUCUCUCGCAAGCGCAGUCCACCAACACUCCGCCUAGGCAGCGCAGACGAGAAGGUCGACCCUCGCAGACCCAGGAGGAGGUCAGUCAACGUCGCCCGAAUCGCGAAGGUCGCCAACGUGAUCGACCAACAAUGUGCAUGGAGGACGUUGAGAAGCUUAUGAAUGACCGACUUCGAGAUCUGAAGACUGGUGGGAACCUCGACGAUGCACUACGCAAGGAGAUCGACCAGGCAAACUCCACACCUUUCACUGCCGAAAUCGAGCAGGCUGCUCCCCCGAAGCGAUUCUCCACGCCUUCGUUUACACACUUCAAAGGGGACUCCGAUCCCGAGAGUCACCUAAAACACUUCAAAAGUGUCAUGAUCCUCCACAAGGCCGACGACGCGUUGAUGUGCAAGGUAUUCGUAGUGACCUUGCGAGGAGCAGCCCAAGAUUGGUUCCACACCCUGCCAUCUGGGUCGAUCAACAGCUUCAAGGAGUUGGCUUACGUCUUCACCAAAGAGUACACCUCUUACCGGACGAUCAAGAAGAACCCUGACCACCUGUACAACCUGCGCAAGAAGUCCGACGAAUCCCUUCGAGAUUACAUCAAGAGAUUCAAAGCAGAAAAGGCCAACAUUGUAGGAUGUGACGACCGGAUCGCAUCAUCUGCUUUCAAGAAAGGCCUCCCAGCUGAACACGACUUGUACCGCGAGCUGACUAUCACUCCCAGCCAGACUCUGGCAGAGGUCUAUGCGACCGCGGAACGCUACGCGCUCUGGGAUGACGAUCGAAUCGCCGCAAAAAAGUCUACUAAGCAUGAAGAUCAACCGACUAAGCGGGCAGGUCAAAGAAGCGAUGGAUUUAGCAACAAGAACAAGGAUAGGCGCAGGUCACACCCACAAGGAGACGCUACAGCAGGAGAGAACUACACCAAGUUCACCAUCCCCAUACAUCAAAUCUUAGCCCAAGUGAAAAACAAACCUUGGGUAAGAAGACCGCCACCCUUGAAAGGAGAUCCAGACAAGAGGGAUACAAGCAAGUACUGUGCCUUCCAUGGGACACACGGGCACACUACCAAUAACUGCCUCGCUUGGAAAGCACACCUUGAAGAACUCGUGAAAGAGGGUCAUUGCACGGAGUUCAUCGCGAAGCAGGCCAUCCAGCGGAUUGAAGAUCGAGACACCGCCAAGGAACCGCCCCAGAAGGUCAUAAGGAUUAACACAAUCCUAGCCGACGCCAAGGAGUCAGGACUGACCAGCAAGGAAAAGAAGAGGAAGAUCAAACAGGCCACUAUGAUCUCCCAAGUCUCGACUGACCUUCUACCAACAGAAGACGAUCCUAUAAUCGGCUUCCAAAAGAAAGAUCUGAUCGGCCUCGACAUGCCACAUAACGAUGCCCUUGUCAUCAGCAUACAAAUCGCUCAGGCCAUGGUCGACCGAAUCCAUGCAGACGAGGGCAGCGCAGCCAAUAUCCUGCAACUGGCUGUCAUCCAGCAGAUGGGCUUGGAGGCAAAGAUCAACAAAUCAGCCAGAUCGCUGACCGGCUUCAAUGGCGCAACAACGGUUACCGUGGGCACAAUAGACCUUGACGUCUACUCCCCACCUGUAGUCUGCUUGCAAACGUUCAUGGUCAUUAAUGAGGUCUCACCCUACAACGGCAUUCUGGGCAGGCCAUGGAUCGGCAUGAUCAACGCCAUCACCUCUGCCACACAUCAGAAAAUUCGGUACCCAAUCCCUGGGGGCGGUGUUGGACAAAUCAACAGCGAUCAGGCAAUGGCGAGGAAAUGCUCCGCCCAAGGGCUGAAGAAAAGCAACAAGCGCAGACCAAGCCGAGGAAAUCGUCCAGAGGUCUUUCCUGAAGAAGGAUGGAAGCCCGAGGAGGACAUCGAGUUAAUACCCUUGGAUCCUGACCAGCCAGACAAAAAAGCGCGGAUCGGCUCGCGCCUAAGCCCAGACGAGAAGGUGGAACUUACCACUUCCUCCAGAACAACAAAGAUAUUGGCGCAGAAGAGGCGCAACUUCGCACCCGAGCGGGUCGCCAUCAUCGAAGCCGAGAUUGAUAAACUCCUAGCCGCCGGCUUCAUUGAAGAGGUCUCCUACUCGGAGUGGCUCGCUAAUGUUGUUCUAGUGGCAAAACAAGAGAAGGGAAAGUGGAGAGUCUGCGUCGAUUACACCGACCUCAACAAAGCGUGCCCAAAAGACAACUUUCCAUUGCCAAGAAUCGACCAACUAGUGGAUUCCACUUCUGGCAAUCAGCUACUCAGCUUCAUGGACGCCUACUCCGGCUACAACCAAAUCUUGAUGCACGAGGAUGACAAGGCGAAAACUUCUUUCAUCAUCGAGAGAGGGACCUACUGCUACAAGUUUGGCAUAGCGGCUCUUUGUUCUCUGUUUUCGCAGUUUGGCAAAAAUGGGGAGAACUCUAGUUUGACCGUAGCGAAGCCGGCGGAACGCACCGCCUCCAUUGUUGACCUCCAGAUCGAAGUGACUGUUGCGACUCCACGGAGAAGCGAAAGUGGCGACUUCCGGCGUCGUUGUGAACGGAGAAGGGCAGAAGAGCUUAAAUUUUCAGUUUCAAGGCGUUAUGAUAUGUUGAAAUUCAUAGUUUGUGUUAUUAUCUGCAGUGGGAUCACACAGAAAAAUCAUAUGUUAACUUUGUCUGGCCUAAAAGUAGAAAUGGAUACUGUUGGAAUAUUGGUAUGCUACAAUGGAAGUUGGGUUAAGAAGGAUAACAUUGAGAGUUACGAAGGUGGGGAGGCUAAAGGCAUAAUAGUGUCACGGAAUGUAACGUUUUCCGACCUUGUUCAGCGCAUUUAUAAGAUCAUGGAUGCAGAUCCCACGAAAUAUAUUGUCACACUGAAAUAUUCAGUUCCUGUAUCCUCAUCUGUCUGUAAGCAUAUAAGGGUUGAAGACAAUGAUGAUGUUAAAUAUUUUGUAAAGUACAACACAGAUGUUAUGGCCUCUAAAGUAACCCCUUUAGUAGCAAGCUUGAAAAAUAUUGAAGGUCAUGGUAUUGAAGGGUGCAAUGGCAUUGUAAGCGUUGAGAGUAGCAAUGCUCCUGCUGACUUUGUUGUGGAACAAAGAAAUGUGGUAAUUCGGGACAAUGAAACUGAAAAUGGUGGGAAUGAUUUUAAUUGGAGUGAUUGGGUUGAAGAAGUGAAUUUUGAAAGUGGUGAAAACAUAGUUGCUGAUUUCAAUGAACCUAGCAACGAAGAGGAACCGCAGUCUGCUCCGAUUCUGCAUCCUCAUGAGGACAGCAAUGUCGAACCGUCCACUGUGCAGUGUAGACAGGUGCAAUCCGAACCUCCCCGACAAUCAAGUUCGACUGAAAUGCAUACAAGUCGGGGUGAUUUGAAGCAUGGUCAGAGUUUGGAAUAUAUUCAGUAUGGUGGAGGCGUUUCGUGCAUAAAUUGGGAAGCAAAUUUGAAGGUUGGCCGAGUUUAUCCAAAUAAGAUUGCCCUUUUAAAAACCAUCAGUUUAGCAGCUAUUACAGGCCACUUUCGAUUGAGAACUGUCCAAUCUGGGAAGCAUCGGUUGUGUGUUCGCUGUUGGCAGCUUCCUUGCCCUUGGAAAGUUCGGGCAUAUAAAGUUGGAUUACAUGAGUUUAAGGUUGUUAAAUACGAUCCACUUCAUGAAUGUGAUAUAACGUAUAUAAGUAGUCAUCAUCCUCAAGCUACGACUGAACUGCUGUCUGACUGUGUUAAGUGGAGAUUUCAGGAUUCGCGCAGCAUUUAUACAGCAGCUGAUAUCAAGAAAGAUGUGAAACAAAAUUUCGGUGUGAGCAUAAGCUACUCUACAGCGUGGAGAAGCCGAGAGUUAGCUUUCAAAAGAAUUAGAGGGUCUGCAGAAGAGUCGUAUUCCCUUCUCCCUUCCUAUUGUUAUGAAUUGGAGCGUACAAAUCCGGGAACUUUGACAUACAUUGAGACUGAUGCAGCUGAUCACUUCUUAUAUUUUUUUAUGGCAAUUGGUGCAUGCAUACGAGGAUUUAAGUCGUCAAUGCGGCCCGUGAUUGCUGUUGAUGCUACUCAUUUGAAGUGCAAGUAUAGAGGUGUUUUGUUUGUUGCGACCGCAUUUGAUGGAAAUCGGAACAUAUAUCCUGUUGCCUUUGGGAUUGGAGAUUUGGAGACGGAUGCAGCUUGGGAGUGGUUUUUGAGAAAACUACAUUGUGCAAUUGGUGAUUGCUCGAAUCUCGUUGUCAUAUCAGAUCGCAAUGUUAGCAUACAGAAUGGGUUGCGUAGAGUUUUUCCUGGGGCAAGCCAUGGUAUUUGCUUUUAUCACUUGAAAGGCAAUAUCAAAGCCUCAUUUAAGUUGAAGCAGCGGAUCCGAUAUUGGGGUAUUUUGUAA